AUGGCGUUCGUUCGGCGAAAAGCUCCUUUUGACGAUGAAAUUCCUGGUUUGGAACGUAGUAAAAAGACAAAAUUAGGAAAUAGUAGCCAAGAUAAAGAGCCGACGUCGCAAGACUCCUCGUCAUCUUCGUCUUCGUCAAUAUCCAAAGUCAGAACUGAAUGUGAGAAAAUAUUGCAGGAAAUUGGAAAACAACUAGCUGACGACGGACACAUUCUCGCCAGCAUAUUUGAAGAACUUCCCUCGGCAGAAGAGUAUCCUACUUAUUACACUGUAAUUAAAGAGCCAAUCGCAUUGGAAAAUAUAAGAGAAAACAUAAAAAAUAAUGAGUAUAAAACAAUCGAGCAGUUCAAAGAAGACUGCGAUACGAUGUUUACCAAUGCUAAAAGAUUUAAUGAACCAGGGUCAAUGGUUUACAAUGAUGCUGCUUAUCUACAGAAAUUCGUCGCACAAAAAGUGGCCGAAUUGUUUCCCGAAAAACAAAAGACAAGACGGGCAUCUACAUCUAAAUUAAAAUCCGAUUUAAAUGAUAAAAUUGGUUCUCCCACAGAGAUGACGCCCAGUUCGAGAAGGGGAUCAUCGAGUGCUAGAAGAACAUCCUCUUCGAAGUCUGAUAAUUUAAACAAACUAGAAGAAGAAUCUACCUCAGCAUCUGCUACAUCAACAGAAGCAAAUGCAUCAACAUCAAACACGCCAAAAAGUUCUCCACGAAUAAAACGCGGAGGAUCAAUAUCAAAUCAAGAACCACAGGAAUCUAAAUCAAAGCAUUCACCCAGAUUAAAAAGAUCAGCUUCUCUUACUGAAGAACCAAGAGUAAAUUCGUCUCAAAGAUCACCUGUCAAACGAACUAUAACUCCUACACAAUCACCUAAACCAAAAAGAGCUUCUAUCAUGAGAAAAAGUUCUUCAGGAGAAGAAGCUUUAAUAAAACAGGAAAAUGAUAUCGAUGAACGUAUGAUCACUUCACCAAAGUCUACCCCAACCAGACAAUCAUCUAGAUCGAAGCGAAACUCUACUGCUCAACAAUCUGCUGUUGCUUCUGAAGAAGAAUUUGAAGAAGCUUCGAGCUCUUCGUCAAAGCCGAGGCGGAAUAGUCGUAAUAGAAAUUCGGAUUAUCACAAUUAUACUGAAGAAGAUGUUAGUGAGCUUUUCAGAACAAUUUCGAAUAAUGAUUUCGAAGGCAUCCAACAAUUCUUUUCGACACAUCCAAACUUUGAUGUAAACAAAUUAUGGCAAUCAGGAAAACAAGAGUUUACCGACGAUGACUUUACGUGGGCUCCUUUACAUUGCGCAGCUUAUCACGGAAACAAAAAUAUUAUAAGAUUCCUGGUUAAACAUGGCGCUGAUGUAGAAAUUCAAGACACAUGGUAUGCUGCAACACCUUUGGCGUGGGCGGCAUUUGGAGGAGAUUUUGAGGCUACUCGUUUUUUAGUCGAAGAAUACGGCGCAGAUAUAAAAGCACAGAAUGUUCAUGGUCAAGUUCCAUAUGAAAUUGUGCCAAGUCCAGAUCCACAUUGGCAAAGCGUUUUGUUAGAAGCUUCUGAGAUAGAACCUCCAGAUAAAAAUUCUAUGAUACCAGAUAGAAAUGAUAGACAAAGUAGACCAUCUACUCCAAUCAGACAAAUUGCUCAAAAUAGGCCAUCGACUCCAGAGCCAAGGCCCGCGAGGUCGUCUUCAUCACAAAGAACGCCAUCUUACUCGAUGAAACAUCCGGCUCAUAAAAGUGUAUCUAUUACUAAGCAGAAGAAUUCUCAAGCCAGUCAACUCAUGAAAGAUUUAUGGCAAUUAAUUGUUGAUCACCGGGAUAGCAGUGGUCGACAAUAUUCUGAACUUUUCAUGGAUCUGCCCUCCAAGACAGAAUAUCCACAGUAUUAUAAGGCAAUCGAAAACCCGAUUUCUUUAAACAUUAUUGAGCGCAAGAUAAGAAAAGGAUACACUUCAGUUCAAGAUUUUGAUCGGGAUUUUCAACUGAUCUUUGAGAAUGCUAUGUAUUUCAAUGAAGAUGGCUCACGCAUUUUCAAAGAUGCCAAAUUGCUGCAAAAACUGUAUAAUAACAAUAAAAAAGAUUUGUUCAAAGCAUGUGCUGUAGAGACACCUUCUACGCCCGGAACAUCGAUAUAUUAUAAAAGUUCUGCGACGCCAACUUCCAGAAUUUCAACACCUGAGUUAAGAAAACCCACUCUUACAUUGUCUUAUCAAUCAGUUACUUAUGGAAUAGGUGAUUUCGUUUAUAUCAGAGACCCUAAUAGUUCGAAUUACAAUAUCAUUGUAAUUGAACGGUUAUUUAUGAAUGCCAAGUCUCAGAAACGAUUCGCUGGUUCUGUAUUUUAUCGCCCUGAUCAGACAGAACAUCCUUCAUCUAUGAAAUUUUUCGAGAAGGAAGUUUUCAAAACAUCAGUAAUCGAGGAACAUAUGUUGAUGGAUAUUGUCGGGAAAUGUUUUGUGAUGCAUUCCAGGGAUUAUAUAUUGGCUCACCCUGAAGGAUUUGAUGAUAACGAUGUCUAUGUCUGCGAGUCUUCAUAUGCUGUUGCAUCAAAGUUUUUCACUCCAAUCGGUGAUUGGGCUAGUACGUUAUCUGUGCACAUCGUCAUCCCAGUGAAUUUAAUUCCACUGGAAACGCCCAGGAUGCUUGCAAGAAAUUAUGAGGCAGAAUCAGCUGUCUCCGCAUACACACAAAAUGUUCAUACCCCAUUAGAAUUAGAUGAAGGGACAAACACUUACAAAAUCAGAAUGCCGCCGCCGCCACCACUGCCAUCAAAUAGCAGCGGUAAUACUAUGCUGCCGAUGAGGGGAGAAAUAAUUCAUCCAAUAUCUACCAGCACACCUGAACCAAUGAAUUUUGGAAGUCCCCACCCGUUAAAUGGAAAUCAGUUGCAUGUCAAAGAGUCUACCAACGUAGAAUUACAUUCCAAUUCGUCGCCUCAAUCACAGGUACGAUCGACUGAUCAGAUCACAACAAAAACAACGAAUGUAUAUUCGUUAAAUCAAACAGCAGAAGACAACAACGUGAUUCCGCGGUCUCAUUCAUCUCCAGAGAUGCUUUUACAAAACGAUGAAAGCAACAAUGAAAAUCAAAAAACUCAAUUAAUAGAAGAAGCAUAUGGCGUUGAAGCAGCAACAGGAAGUGCGAUGUCGUUGGAUGCAAAUCCAGAAAUGAACAUUGAUUCUAUAGAACAUGUUUCCAAAAGACCCACUAAUAACAAUAGCACAGAAUCCUAUGCACAAUCACCACAAAAUCAAGAGCAUGUACCACCUGCCGAAGAUAAUCAUCGUCUUUUUGAAAUCCCCAUGUUGCUGGAAUCUAAUUCCGCUUCUAUUCAUACUACUCGGGUAUACGAUGAGUCUACACUGGACGCUAGACAAAAUCCACUGUUACUACAAGGAAUUGGUGUAGAAGCGAGUGAUCGAUCUUUUGCAAUGUCACUGGACACAAAACAUAAUGCACACAGUAUCACAUUGGGACCGAAUGCAACUCAUGUCACAAUCAUCCCAAUUCUUGUUUCUAGUUUAUUGUUGCCUGUCCCAAAGCCAGUUGACGUAUUUGUAUAUCAUCAAGGGCGAAAAGUAAUAAACACUGGUCAUACUUUUUAUCCCAAUGCGCCUUCGAUCACGCAUCAGAACUUUAUUAUUUCCUUGGUCCCGGGUGUGAAUAAUAUAGAUAUUUGGGUGUAUGUCCCUUCUGUGAUAGCAACAACAUCGACAACUUCAACAUCUGGAAGCAGUGCUGUGAAUGGUACGGCGUCGUCCUCAAAUGGACAGACUGAUCGAUAUUCUAUCUUUAUAGCAAAACAAAUUGAGUAG